AUGGUGUUGACCCGGCUGAAAGCAAAAUCAGAGGGGAAGCUUACAAAACAGAUUUGCAGAGUGGUGCUGGACCAUUUUGACAAACAGUAUUCCAAGGAACUUGGAGAUGCCUGGAGCGCAGUAAGGGAUACACUGACAUCUCCAUCAUGCUGGCAACAUGCUGUCCUCCUUAACCGAUUCAGUGACCCUUUUGAACUGGAAAAGGAUUUACAUUUCAAGGGCUAUCACACACUCUUCCAAGGAUCUUUACCCUAUUAUCCUAAAUCAAUGAAGUGUUAUCUUAGCAGAAUUCCCCACCGGAUGCCUUCAGAAAGACACCAAAUUGGAAGCCUAAAAAAAUACUAUCUCCUGAAUGCUGCCUCUCUUCUCCCAGUACUGGCUCUUGAUUUAAGGGAUGGAGAGAAGGUUCUGGAUCUGUGUGCUGCUCCUGGAGGAAAAUCAGUCGCUCUGCUGCAGUGUGCUUACCCAGGUUAUCUUCAUUGCAAUGAAUAUGAUAGUCUGAGAUUGAGGUGGCUGAGGCAGACGUUAGAAUCUUUCAUCCCAGAGUCUUUGGAAAAUGUAAUUAAAGUGUCUGAAUUGGAUGGCAGAGAAAUGGGAGAUGCCCAGCCUGAAAAGUUUGACAAGGUGUUAGUUGAUGCUCCAUGUUCAAAUGAUCGAAGUUGGUUGUUCUCUUCUGAUUCUCAGAAGGCAGCCUGUAGGAUAAGCCAAAGGAGAAAGUUGCCAGCUCUACAGAUAGAACUCUUAAGAGUUGAUUGA